UCCCCCCCAUCGGAAACCAUAGACGUGGAAACAGCAGCGCCACGCCUGCCAUGACGUUCAACCUGAAAGCUGAAUGACAUCGGCUCAGAGGCGCGGGGCUUAGCAGAGUAUGGAGUAACGAGCAGGAAGGAACGUGGACGUGUGGUAGUAGCUACUAAAGGCACAGGCAACCUAACUUGGACCAAAUUUCAGCAGUUGCGUCUCUGACAUAUAACUUGACAUUUAAAACUAUUCUCAGACGUCGUACGCAAGUGUUUGAAAUACACAAUGGCCGAGAAGAUAACGAUAGAGGAUGGGAAGGCUUCAAAUGGCGAUGCGCAUCUCCAGGAGUCGUUCGCCAACGGACAGUCCGGCGGCCAGCCGAGCAAAGCGCCAGAGCCAAUGGCGCAAAAGUUUAAAAGAAUUGCUUUAGCCAACUUGUUGGUUAUUCUAACCGUAGCUGGGGUUAUCAUUGGAGUGUUAAUUGGGCUUGGUGUGCGUUCGGCGGGACUCAGCAAAGUGCAGAUAAUCUAUUUCGGCUUCCCCGGCGAGCUUCUGAUCCGUCUCCUGAAGAUGAUCAUCAUUCCUCUGGUCGUAUGCAGUCUCGUUUCAGGGGCCGCCAGCAUUGACCCCAAAGCCCUGGGGAAACUGGGCGGCUGGGCGAUGCUGUUCUUCCUGGUGACCACCUUGAUCGCAUCAACCAUCGGCGUAAUCAUGGCAUUUAUCAUCCAACCUGGAGUAGUAACCGGGGCCAAACCCUCCCUCGCUGGUUCCGACGGUGGGGUGAUCCAGGCAAAGGAGGUGAUUGACUCCUUUUUAGACUUGAUCAGAAACAUCUUCCCAAGCAAUCUGGUGUCUGCAGCAUUCCAGUCGUAUGCCACCCACUACAAGCUCAAGGAGGUGAUCAUUAACGGGACCUCCAACUUCACCCUGGAGAAGCUCCCCUAUGGUAAAGAGGUGGACGGCAUGAACAUCCUGGGCCUGGUGGUGUUUGCCAUCGUGUUCGGCGUGGCCCUGAGGAAGUUGGGGGAGGAGGGGGAGAUCCUGAUCCGCUUCUUCAACUCCUUCAACGAGGCCACCAUGGUGCUCGUCUCCUGGAUCAUGUGGUAUGCUCCUCUGGGUAUCAUGUUCCUUGUGGCGGAGAAGAUGGUCCAGAUGGACGACAUCGGGGCGCUCUUCGCCAGCCUGGGCAAGUACAUCGCCAGCUGCAUCAUCGGCCACUUCAUCCACGGCUUCCUGGUGCUGCCCCUCAUCUACUUCGUCAUCACGCGCAAGAACCCCUACACCUUCCUCCUCGGGCUCAUCACCGCCCUCGCCACCGCCUUCGGAACCUCCUCCAGUUCGGCCACACUCCCUCUGAUGAUGCGUUGCGUGGAGGAGCGAGGCGUGUCCAAGCACAUCAGCCGCUUCAUCCUGCCCAUUGGCGCCACGGUCAACAUGGACGGCGCCGCCUGCUUCCAGUGUGUGGCCGCGGUCUUCAUCGCCCAGCUCAACAACGUCUCGCUCAACUUCAUCCAGGUCAUCACCAUCCUAGUGACAGCCACAGCGUCCAGUGUUGGAGCAGCAGGCAUCCCAGCAGGCGGAGUCUUGACCCUGGCCAUCAUCCUGGAGGCCGUGGGCCUGCCCACCCAUGACAUCUCCCUCAUUCUGGCUGUCGAUUGGCUAGUUGACCGUACCUGCACGGUUCUGAACGUGGAGGGCGACGCCUUUGGCGCGGCGCUGCUGCAGCACUUCGUGGACCGCACCGAGGCCAGGGAGGGCCCGGCGUCCGAGCUGACGGAGGUGCGUCUGGACGACGGCAACGGCCCCGCCAAGCCCGAGAACUCGCCCCUCAUCGAGAAGCGCGGCCUCGGGCCCGCGGAGGCCUGCUCGGACCCCUCUGCCCCACGCCCCUGUGAAAAAGAGUCAGUCAUGUAGAGGAGUCAUGUAGUCAUGUAUCGCCCCCUGCUGGAUGGCAGUGGUCACACACCCGCUUCUCAUCCAGACACUUGAAAAGCCAGCCUGAACCUCCGUUCUUUAGCUAUGUCCCAGACUAAGGUGGUAUACAGGGGUUGUCUAUUCAUCUUUUUUCCCCCUCAACUGAAAUCAUGGACUACUCCUUAUUUGAUACGCACCCACACACACACACACACACACAUACAUACACACACACAGA